AUGGUGGAUGAAACUUCAGCUAGUACUGAUCAAUCCUUGUCUACACAAACACAAUUAGUGGGGAUUGGUGAAACUGAAAUGCCCCCUCCUGAUGAACCAGUACCUCCUCCUCCUACUACUACUACUGAUCCUGUUUCUAAUAUUACACAAGAUGAAGGUGGAGACAAUGUGAGUAGAAAGAGAAAAGAGCCUGAGAAGAAAAGCACAAAAUCACAAGUUUGGGAGCAUUUUGUGAAGUUACCUUUAGAAGAAACAAAUGGAGAAGUUAAGGCUGCUUGCAAAUAUUGUCAUGCAAUUUAUGCUUGUGACCCAAAUAAGCAUGGCACAACAUCUUUGAAGAGGCAUUUUCCAAAAUGUAACAAGAACCCAAACAGGGCUGACACAAUACCAAAGCAAUCAAUGUUGAACUAUGUGACACCAAGUGGGCAAAGGGGAAGCUUAGUCUCUCACGUUUUUAAUCAAAAACGAUGUAGAAGGGCAUUGGCUGAAUUUGUUAUUUGUGAUGAGAUGCCAUUUAGGAUCGUUGAGAAGCAUGGGUUUAGAACUUUUGUCAAAGAGCUAGAACCAAGAUUUCGAAUUCCAUCCCGGACAACAGUUGCUAGAGAUUGCUGGCAACUAUACCUUGGAGAAAUCAAGAUCUUGAAAGAGGUGUUGAAAAAGUCUGCACAUCGUGUUUCUUUAACAACUGAUUGCUGGACAUCCACUCAAAACUUUAGUUAUUUGUGUUUGACUUGUCAUUUUAUUGAUCCUGAUUGGAAGUUGCAUAAGAGGAUAUUGAAUUUCUGCAUGAUUGAAAAUCAUAGGGGCGAUACAAUAGGGAAGACCAUUGAGAAGUGCCUAUUAGAGUGGGGAAUAGAGAAGGUGUUUACCAUAACCAUGGACAAUGCAUCAUCUAAUGAUACUGCCUUGUCAUAUCUGAAAAAGCGGCUUAAGAAUUGGAAAGGCAUGAUUUGUGGAGGUGACUACCUUCAUCUUAGAUGUUCUGCACAUAUACUUAACUUGGUGGUUAAUGAUGGGUUAAAGGAGUUAAAGAACAGCUUUGAUUCAAUCCGCAAUGCAGUUAAAUAUGUUCGUUCUUCUCCAGCUCGUCUCCAAAAGUUCAAGAAUAUUGCUGAAUUAGAGAAAGUGGACACCACCAGCCUUGUUUGUCUUGAUGUUAAUACUCGGUGGAAUUCAACAUAUUUGAUGUUGGAAUCUGCUUUGAAAUUUCAAAAGGCUUUUGAACGGUUGGAAGAUGAAGAUGAUGAUUAUGAGGCAUACUUUGCUAGAGGUUCCAGGAAUGAAGGCCCUCCUAAAGCUAGUGAUUGGAAUAAGGCAAGAAUGUUUCUUAAAUUCUUGAAGGUGUUCUAUGACAUAACUCUAAUGUUUUCAAGUUCACUAGAUGUCACUUCUAACACUUGUUUCCACCAAAUUGCUCUAAUUCAUGAGUUGUUGGAAGAGAACAUUGUGAAUGCCGAUCCUUUACUUAUGGAGAUGUCCCUUAGCAUGAGAAGUAAAUAUGAAAAAUAUUGGGGUCAAACAGAGAACAUGAAUCCUUUGCUCAUUGUUGCUGUGAUUUUGGAUCCUCGCUACAAGCUUGCUUAUGUAUAUCAUAUUUUUGAUCAUCUUUUUCAUGAUGUGGAAGUUUGCAUGGCCAUGAAAAUUAAGAUUAGAGAUGUUUUGUAUCGCAUGUUUGAUGAGUAUUCUGUGGGGCAAGCAACUAGUAGUACUUCAAGCAAUGUUUCUUCUGUACCCCCAAGAUCAUCAACAUCAACGAUGCUACAAGGCCAAGGCAGUAGAGAUCCAGGUCGCAGAUGGUUGGCAUCCCAGAAAGAAAAAAGCUCCUCAGACCCACAAUCUGAAUUAGAUAGAUAUCUUUCAUCUUCUUCAGCCGAUGAUACCCCUGUUGAUGAUGAUUUUGAUAUAUUAGCAUGGUGGAGAGUCAAUUCUAGUAAAUAUAAAAUACUUUCUAGGAUGGCACGUGAUAUCUUGGCUGUGCCAGUGUCUACAGUGGCCUCUGAAUCAGCCUUUAGCACUGGAGGACGUAUAGUGGACUCUUAUAGGAGUUCACUAUCACCAACAAUGACUGAAGCACUUAUCUGUGCCCAAAAUUGGCUACUCCCCGGGAGAUCUCUCUCUGAAUUUACAUCCAUGCUUCAAGAGUUUGAUAACUUUCAGGAAACAGAGGGUGUGGUGAAGACUGAUUAUUCCAGUGUUACUGAUGUUGGAGAGGAUGUUGAUCUUUUGGUUAGUUAG